UCCGCGCAUGCUCACUGCUCUCUCUGUGUGGCGACUGCAGAGCCGACGAGCUAAGUGGCAGCGGCGGGUUAGCUACGCAGCUAGUCAUGGUGAAUGUGAAGAAGCGGAAAGGUCGGGUCGUUAUUGACUCUGACUCGGAGGACAGCGCCAGCGACGACAAUUUAGAUCAGGAGCUGCUGUCUCUAGCGAAGAGGAAGCGGGUGGAUUCAGGCGAGCAGGAGGAGCCGGUCAGCAAACCAGCAGCAUCCACAGACUCAGAAACGUCCGACAGCGACGAUGAGUGGACUGUCGGCGGCACCAAAGGGAAAAAGAAGGUCAAGCCCGGCAAAGGUUCUGAGAAGAAGAGCACUACGAAGAAGAAGGUCAACAAAGCUUCUGGCAGCUCGGAUGGAGGCAGCUCGGGGGACAGCUCCGCUCCAGAGGAGGGCGAAGUGUCGGAUUCAGAGAUCAACAGUUCGUCCUCCGACUCGGACUCCUCGGAGGACGACGAGUUCAGGGACGGCUACGACGACGACCUGAUGGGCGACGCCGAAGACCGAGCGCGCCUGGAGCAGAUGACGGAGAAGGAGAGGGAGCAGGAGCUGUUCAACAGGAUCGAGAAGAGGGAGGUGCUGAAGAGACGGUUUGAAAUCAAGCAGAAGCUGAAGACCGCAAAGAAGAGGGAAAAAGAGGAGAAGAAGAAGAAACAAGAGGAAGAGCAGGAAAAGAAGAAACAAUCUCAGGUUCAGGACGCUCAAGUGGUGAUGUCGCACAACAAAGAGAGACGGUCCAAGCGCGACGAGAAGCUGGACAAAAAGUCUCAGGCCAUGGAGGAGCUGAAGGCCGAACGGGAGAAGAAGAAAAACAAAACGGCCGAACUGCUGGCCAAACGCGAGCCGCUGAAGACCAGCGAGGUCUACUCUGACGACGAGGAGGAAGAGGAGGAAGACGACGACAAGUCAUCGGUGAAAAGCGACCGCAGCUCGCGCUCCUCGUCCUUCGAUGAUGACGAGAAAGAAGAGACUCCUCCGAAGUCGCAGCCGGUUUCCCUUCCGGAAGAACUCAACCGCAUCCGCCUGUCCAGACACAAGCUGGAGCGCUGGUGCCACAUGCCCUUCUUCGCCAAGACGGUGACCGGCUGCUUCGUCCGGAUAGGGAUCGGGAACAGCAGCAGCAAGCCGGUUUACAGGGUUGCUGAGAUCGUGAAUGUGGUGGAGACCGCCAAAGUUUACCAACUGGGAUCCACGCGGACAAACAAGGGACUGCAGCUGAGGCACGGCGCAGACACCCGGGUCUUCCGGCUGGAGUUCGUAUCCAACCAGGAGUUCACAGAAAGCGAAUUCAUGAAGUGGAAAGAGGCGAUGAUCAUCGCCGGGAUGCAGGUUCCAACGCUGGACGAGAUCACCAAGAAGGAGCAGUCCAUCAAGGAGGCCGUCAACUACAAGUUCAACGACAAAGACAUCGAGGAUAUCGUGAAAGAGAAGGACCGUUUCCGGAAAGCUCCACCGAACUACGCCAUGAAGAAAACGCAGCUGCUCAAAGACAAGGCCAUGGCCGAGGAGAACGGAGACGGCGAGAAAGUCAAGGUGAUCCAAGACGAGCUGAACGAGCUGGAGGAGAGAGCGGAGGCGCUGGACCGACAGAGGACCAAGAGCAUCUCCGCUAUCAGCUACAUCAACCAGAGGAACAGAAGCUGGAACAUCGUUGAGUCAGAGAAAGCUCUGGUGGCUGAAGGUCAGAACGCCAAAAACCAGCAGAUGGAUCCUUUCACGCGAAGACAAUGCAAACCCACCAUGGUGUCCAACGCCAGAGAUCCGUCAGUCCACGCGGCUAUUCUGGCUCACCUGAACCAGAAGUACGGCUCUGGGUCGGGACCGGAUCCCUCCAGCGCCGAGAAGAACAAGCCGGAUCAAGCGAGUCCAAAAGAUAAAGAUGUACCGAAGCCAACCACAGACCUCUCCGAAGACUUGUUUAAAGUCCACGACUUUGACGUUAAGAUCGACCUGCAGGUUCCUAACGCAGAGGCCAAGUCGCUGUCGGUCAGCUCCAACGCUCUGCCCGUGAAGGACGGAGCGCCGCGCAGGUCGCUCAACCUGGAGGACUACAAGAAGAGGAGGGGCCUCAUCUAAGCUGGGCGGAGCUUCGUCGGGACGCCGCGUUGGCUGUGUGUGUGAGAGCGAGUGUGUGUUUACUCAAGAAUGACUCCAAGAGCGUUUGAAUGUUGAUCCGAUGGACUGAAACGAGGAAAUACAAACUGAACAAAGACGCUUUUCCUCACCAGAAACUUUUUUAUCAGACAGUGAAGCUCCUGUAUGCAGUUCUCCCCUCAUCCCUCCAUCCUGUCGCUCCGUCAGAGGACACGCCCCCUUCCUCCGAAAGGACGACAAAGAUGCUGUCCCACAAGAUUUACGUUGUUGAGCCUUUUUUUGUUUUUGAACCACUGACGGAAUCUGCGAGCUUCUCACCAACGACGAAAUCCUUUUGUAAAUCUUUCCGAUCAUCUCUCCUCGUAGUCCAUCUGAGACUGAACAUGCUGGUGGAUUUUGGCAGCGGCUCCUCUGCCGCCUCAGACGGUUUGAGCAGAACUCUUUCUAUGGCUGGUCUGGUGAUCAAACGUUGCUCAGUUUCUGUUUUCUCUGCUUGAGGUUUUUUUUUUUUUUUUGGGAGAAACUCCUCCUGGACUUCCAGAGCAGAUUAUACAUGUUAUCGAUUGUGUCCAUAGUCAGGUCCUGUAUUGAUGUGGCAUGCCGUGUAAAUAAGCAUUUUGGAGUGAUGCGGGAAAAAAAUAAUAAAAAGGCGCUGUUUCAUAA